UACUCAGCCUAAUAUAAAUAGUAUGGGGGAUUGCUUCAACAUAGGUAUGAGUAAAACAAUGUGUACAAGUUUAAGCAAUGUUCAUUUACAUUUUGGUAGCUUAUUAUAUAAUCAUUACGAUUCCUAAAGGUUAUCUGAUAAAUUUCCAAAAUUUUUGCUAAUGAAGAGAUUGUUAAUUAUACAUGUGGGGGUCAGUUUAAGGAUCCUAAUACGAUGGAUUGUCAAAAUACAGUAAAUUAAAUGGGUUGCACUUCCAUUUCAAAUCCUUAGAAAGUAAGACAAUAUGAUAAUAAGGUAAGUUUCAUUUCAUCAAAUAUUUAUAAAUGGUUCUCGUCUCUAACUAUUUUUAAUUUUCUUCAAGUAAAGAAUAACCGGGAAUUUUAAAUUGGAUUAGAAGCAAAUUAUUUGUAAAUGGCAUCAAUAUGAAAAGAUUAAAAAAAAACACUCUACCCAUAUUAAUUUUAAACAUGUAGGAAUUUAUGUGAAAAAAUGA